AUGAAGGUGAACUAUUGCGUCGAUUCGGACAGGUCGGCAUUGAUGGCAAACUUCCAAAAUCUCAACUGGACCCUGGUGUCGGAGGACAAGGAAUGGAACUUCUACUGGGCCAACACGCAGACGACCCGGGCGCUGUUCAACCCGGGCAACCGGCACCGGCUGAACGACCACCAGAUGGUCAACCAUUUCCCCAAUUCGUGCGAGCUCGGCCGCAAGGACCUGCUGGUGCGCAACCUGAAACGGUACCGGAAGCACCUGCAGCGGUCCGGCGACCGCGUGGGCACCGUGGACUCGCGGACCCGGCUGUUCGUGCACAUGGACUUCAUACCGGCCUCGUUCGUGUUGCCCGGCGAGUACAGCAUGUUCGUGGAGGAGUUCAACAAGACGGGGCCCAGCAUGUGGAUAAUGAAGCCGUCGGGCCGGUGCCGGGGCGCCGGCAUAUUCCUGAUAAACAAACUGGCCAAACUGAGGAAGUGGGCCCGGGAGAGCAAGGAGCCGUACAACCCGAACGCGCCCAGGGAGACGUACGUCGUGUCCAGGUACGUGGAAAGACCGCUGCUGAUCGGCGGCCGCAAGUUCGACCUGCGCAUCUACGUGCUGGUCACGUCGUUCAGGCCGCUCAAGGCGUACAUGUACAAAUCCGGGUUCUGCCGGUUCUGCACCGAGAAGUACACCACCGACCUGGACGACAUCGACAACGUGCUCGUGCACCUCACCAACGUGUCCGUGCAAAAGACCGGCCGGGAGUACAACUCGGCGACCGGCGGAAAGCUGAGCAUACACAACCUGCGACUGCUGUUGGUGGGCACCAGGGGUAAAAAGGUGACUGACCAUAUGUUCGACAAGAUAGUGUGGCUCAUCGUGCACACGUUGAAAUCGGUCAGCACGGUCAUCGUCAACGACCGACACUGUUUCGAAUGUUACGGGUUCGACAUCAUCAUCGACGACACCCUGAAACCGUGGCUGAUCGAGGUGAACACGUCCCCGUCGUUGACGUCGACCACCAACAGCGACCGCGUGCUCAAGACCCGGUUAGUGUCGGACGUGCUAUCCGUCGUGCUGCCGCCGGCCGGUUUUCCCAACGCCAACUGGCAUAAGAAUCCGCCGAAAAGCGCGUACGGUGACUUUGAACUGCUCGUCGACGAGCCACACGCGUUCAACAAACCGAGUAAGAGUGAACGAUAA